AUGCUCGUCUUCUCUCAAGAGCUCGUCAGCAUCGAGCUUAUGGGCCCUGACAGCUAUGAGGGCGCCUACUACCGCUCGGCUCUGCUGCACUUUCGGAGUAUGCGUGGCGCGACUGAAGCCCGAAACAUGCUCGACGGCCGCGCCAACAUGGACGGCCGCGCCAAGCUGAGUGUUAGCAUCUUGUCCUCGCCCAACUAUGGAUCGCCCGUCAGUGCGCCAUUCGCCAUGCCAAACGGGGCACCCCAUGCCAGCGCGGAUGCCUUUACAGCGCCGGUCUAUCGUCCACAGCCAGCUCCUAUCGGCAACGGCUUUCCGCCGCGUGACGCAAUGUCGCCGACAUCGAAAGCCGGUCGCUUCUUCCCAGCUGCUCCUCCUCAUCAGGACCUUGCUGCUCCGGACACAAAAGCCGGCAGCCACUACAAGAGCCUCUUCAACGCACAUUCACCUAUUGGCAACCACCUCGCCAACGAGGCGUCAGGACGACUGGGCAAGCACCUCAUUAACGAUGAGCUUGGCGAUGAUGACGAUAGGGAGCUCCUUAGGGAUUCAUUUGCCUACGCAGGUAAGGCCACCCCUACCCAGCGGAGAGGCACUACUCCUCAAGACCCCAUCAGCCAGGCAAUGGCAAACCUGGCUCUCAACUCGGGCGCCUCUUCCACCACCUCGCCAAUGCCACCGUCGUACCUUGGGGCUCUGGCUCUCGCUAACGGCAACGGCAACGGCAACUAUAUGAGCCUUGGACAACAGCUGCAACAGCAACAGCAACAGCAACAGCAACAGCCACAGCAGCGUCAUCAACUUUCGCAACUGUCGCAGCAAAACCCACAACAGCAGUCGCUGCCGCAGCAUAACAAGCAGCAGCAGCAGCAGCAGCCACGAGCGCAACCCCAGCAAGACAAGCAGGAUAAGCAGCAGCAACAGCAGCAGCAGUCGCCGUAUGGAAAGCCCAACUUUCCUCCCGUCAACCCUGCGGAUCAAAACCCGCCCUGCAAUACCCUCUACGUUGGCAACCUGCCCAUCGACACGUCCGAGGAGGAGCUCAAGGCCUUGUUCUCCCCCGUGCGGGGUUACAAGAGGUUGUGCUUCAGAACCAAGCAGAACGGCCCCAUGUGCUUUGUCGAGUUUGAAGACAUUGGCCAUGCCACCAAGGCACUGAGCCAGCUGUAUGGAUGGUGUUUGCACAACAGCGUCAAGGGUGGCAUCCGCCUGAGCUUCUCCAAGAACCCUCUGGGUGUUCGCUCCACUCCCUCGCAGACUACUCAUGGAAACAUUCCUCCUGUCAACGGAAUGGCCCCGUCCACAGCCAACGGCUUUACGGCGGCCAGUGGCCCUCCCCCUGGCCUGCCUAAACCGACCAACUUUGGCAAUCGGGCCUAUAACUCGUAUACCCCCAACAGCCGCGGCAGCAACUCUGGGACACCUAUCAAUGGCUCUAGUGCUGGCUCCAGUUUCCAAAGAGGACCAUUUUAUAAGAACGGCAUCAACAUGGCGAAGCCUCAUACUCCCUUUGCUUAA